AUGGACCCCCUCGAAGAAGCUCCAUGGGCCGACACUCCCCCUCAAUCAUCCACCUCGGUGACAACAGCGCUAGAUGACGACGCGGCGAUAAGUUCGUCGACUGCGUCUAACAAGCCAACCUCCCUAACGCCGUCAUCAGCCAUGUCCUCUUCGGGGGGUCGAUCGUCGCGCGUAACACCUCGUCGGCUUGUGGCCCAACCCACGCGCCUACAGGUGGUCGAGGAUGAUCCGCUCGGUCCGUUGGGAUCUGCCGGCAGCACUUCAGUACAGGCUGGCGGUAAUGCUACCAGCUUGGGAGGCUUGGAGUCCCCGCCCAUGCCUCCCUCGAAGGAGUUGUCUUUACCUUUGCGCACAACUAUACCGACGAAACCCGGUGGAAUAGCACGGGGCCCACCGGAUCCGCAUCGCAUCGUCGACGACGACGCCGAUAAUAAUUAUGGUAGGGCACCGAGGGCCCCCCCCCCCGUUGCUGCCGCGCAGCUAAGUCCAAUUCGAACGUCGAGCCGGCCCAGCGUUAGCGUUGAGCAGGCUGCGAAACCGACCUUCUCAAUUACUGUCGGUGACCCGCACAAGGUUGGUGGUGCUACGGGUGUUGUCGUUCCCCCUCCGCCAGAGAAGCAGGCUAUGGGCCGCUUCGAAAGCAACUUUGUUGAAUCAAGAAGGGCGGCCCUUGAGAAAAUGCUCAACAAGGCUGCUGCACACCCAACGCUGCAACAUGAUGGCGACCUUAAACUGUUUUUAGAGAGCGAGGCGUUCAACGUCGAUGUGAAGCACAAGGAACGCAAAGAGCCCAAUCUGGGUGAAAGCAAAGGCAUCAUGAGCAGCUUGGGUAUCAACGUUGGUGGUGGCGUCAAGUUUGUUGAGCAGGAUGAUUGGUUCCACGAUCGCAAGAUCUAUCUAGAUGCACUGGACAACCAGUUGAAGGCGCUUUUAAAGGCUAUGGACACAAUGGUGAACCAGCGCAAGGCUAUGGCCGAAGCAGCGGGAGAAUUCGCUGCAUCGUUACACGCUUUAUCCACCGUCGAACUUUCGCCAGGAUUAUCGGGCCCACUGGAGGCCCUCUCGGACUUGCAGGUAACCAUUCGCGAUGUCUAUGAUCGUCAAGCCCAGCAGGAUGUGCUCACCUUCGGUAUCACCAUUGAUGAGUACAUUCGCUUGAUUGGUAGCAUCAAGCAAGCCUUUUCGCAGCGCCAGAAGGCCUUUUACAGUUGGCAUACCGCGGAUGCGGAGCUCCAGAAGCGAAAGUCCUCCCAGGACAAACUUCUGCGGCAGGGCAAGAGUCAACAAGAUCGUCUCAACCAAAUCAACGCCGAAGUAGCAGAUGCAGAAAAGAAAGUCCACCAGGCCAGGCUUCUCUUUGAAGACAUGGGCCGCUUGAUGCGAAACGAGCUGGACAGGUUUGAGAAGGAAAAGGUGGAAGAUUUCAAGAGCGGUGUGGAGACUUUCCUGGAAAGCUCAGUGGAGGCACAAAAAGAGUUGAUCGAGAAGUGGGAGACCUUUCUCAUGCAGCUUGAUGCUGAGGACGACGAGGCUGUCUUUUACAGGCCCCCCGUCUUUCAUCCGAAUAGCAAACCAGCUGGAGACACGGCGGUGGACCGGGCCAGAGCCCGGAUCGACGAAGAUUCAGACUAG